AUGAUCAAGGAGGGCAAGAAGGACCGCGCGCUGCUGGCGCUCAAGAAGAAGAAGCUUCAGACGGACGCGCUCGCGAAAUCGGACGCGUGGGUGCUGCGAGUGGAGCAGCAGGUGGGGGAUGAGUUGACUUUGAGGGGGAAGGGUGAGGGGAGGGGGCAGGUGGAGGGGUGGGAGGGGCGCGGAGUGGGGGGGUCGGCGGGGUGGGGUGGUGCGGGGUGGAGGGAUUGGGGUUGGGGGGGUGGGGGGUUGGUGCGGGGUGGAGGGGUUGGGGGGGUGUGGGGUGGAGGGGUUGGGGGGCUUGCAGACAUCGAGAUUACGAGUCGGCAGGCUCAAGUGUUUGAGAGCCUGAAGGCGGGGCACAUGGCGAUUCAGGAGCUGCAAAAGGAGAUCAGCCUGGAGGACGUGGAGAAGCUAUUGGGGGAGUCGGAAGACGCCAAGGCGUUCCAAGACGAGGUGGCUGCCAUGCUGGCGGGUGCGCUGUCAGAGGAGGCUGAGCUGGAGGCUCUUGCUGAGCUGGAGGCACUGGAGACAGAGCUCGCAAUGAAGGAGGUGGAGGAGGAGCUGCCUGCCGUGCCUGAAGUGCCCGUGCUGCCCGAUGUGCCAAAGGAGCCGCCAGUUAAAGCCCCGGCUAAAGAGGAAGCGGAGGAGGAGGGUGCUGCUGAAUCUGCUGAGGCUGAGGAUGGAACGAGCAGAGAACGAGGUGAAGGAAGGGAAUGCGAAAGAUGUGAGCGGAAGAAAGGGCUGUAUCUGGGGGAGCUGCCUGGGCUUGAUACGGAGGCGCUGCCUGCUGGUGCUGCCUAA